GAGAAUGAAGGGGACGGGAUUGAAAACAUUUCAGCCAGGAGUCUCAGUCUCACGUGUUUGACGACGAAAGAAUCAUCGUUCGACCUUUUUUUUUUUACCAAGUUCGAUACACUGCAAAGGUUUCUUUGAAAGGCAGGAUCGAUGUCAAAAACUUGUUUUGUUGAUUCUCCGUGAUGGAUUGUAAAAGUUGAGACGACUCACACAGCAGUUAAAAAAUACGAUGAACUUAGGCAUAAGUUACGAAAAAUAAUUGUAUUAGUCUUGGUCCUGUUUAUAGAAUAUACCUUAUGGAUUUCCUCUCUGCGUUGGAAGGGGUUUGUUAUUUUUUACUUCUUGAUAAAGUUUGACCUGAUCCGAUCACGUUGAUAAAACUUCUAGGCUACAGAUCUAUUGGACAAACAAAACGGAGGGAGACGUACCAGGUCAGACGCCGACCAUAAGCAUCACAGGUAUUUGAACUGAGCUUCUGAUGUCCAGAAUGGAGACAUCUGCCUCGACGGCCACAGAGAAGAAAGAACUGAAAGGCGCUGGUCUGGAUGGAAAUGGCUUUGCGGACCUCCCUAAGAAACCCUCACCUUCAGCCGUCACCAGAGCCCCUCACCACAUGUUCCCGACGUUCCACACGCCCAUCCCGAUUGACAUGCGUCACCACGAGGGAAGGUACCACUAUGAACCGCAUUCUCUACAUGCCAUGCAUGGACCUGCACUCGGUGGUAGCCCGGUCAUCUCCGACGGCAUCUCCCUGAUCCGCCUCUCCCCCCACGCACCCGGGACGGGGGAGUCCCCCUUCAGCCAGCCUCACCCGUACGUCAGCCACCACAUGGAGCAGUACCUGAGGUCCAUGCACAGCAGCCCCAGCCUGUCCAUGAUCUCAGCGGCCCGCGGACUCAGCCCCGCCGAGUUGGCUCAUGAACACUUGAAGGAGCGGGGUCUGUUCGGGUUGCCCCCUCCCCCUCCCGGAGCCAACCCGGCUGAUUACUACCACCUGAUGGCCGGCCAUCGGAAUCCCUACGGAGACCUGUUGAUGCAGGGCGCAGGGGCCUCCCACCUGCCGGACUACAUCACCCCGGUGGACGUGUCACGGUUCUCCAGCCCCCGUUUGACCCCCAGGCUGAACAGAAAGCGAGCAUUGUCCAUCUCUCCUCUGUCGGACGCCAGCAUCGACCUCCAGACCAUGAUCCGCACCUCGCCCAACUCUCUGGUGGCCUACAUCAACAACUCGCGCUCCAGCUCUGCAGCCAGCAGCUCCUACGGGCACCUGUCUGUUGGAGGCAUCAGUCCCUCCUUCACGUUCCCACACGCCAUCAACCCCAUAGCCUACCAGCAGCUCCUGUCCCAGCAGAGAGGCCUGAGUGCGUUCGGCCACACCCCUCCUCUCAUCCAGCCCCCGCCCUCCUUCUCUAGUCGACAGUCAGCCUUGGGCCUCUCCUCUGUGCCCCCUUCUUCACAUGACCCCAACCUGGACUCACAAUCAAAGAAUCCAUGUGGAGACUCAGCAGUCAGUAGCACCGUUAACCCUAUGAUCACCAAAAGGUCAAAGGUAAAGAUGGAGGUGGAGUGCCCAAGGCCGCUGUCACCAUGUUCUCCGCAGAAUCACCUGGGCAGAACACUGGACCUGAAGGAGGACCUGGAUAAAGACGAGUGCAAACAUGAACCAGAGAUGGAGAUGGUGUAUGAGACCAACUGCCACUGGGAGGGAUGCUCCAGGGAGUACGACACACAGGAACAGCUGGUCCACCACAUCAAUAACGACCACAUCCACGGGGAGAAGAAGGAGUUUGUGUGUCGCUGGGAGGAGUGCACGAGGGAGCAGAAGCCCUUCAAGGCCCAGUACAUGCUGGUGGUUCACAUGAGGAGACACACCGGGGAAAAACCACACAAAUGUACUUUUGAGGGCUGCUGUAAGGCUUACUCCCGCCUGGAGAACCUGAAGACACACCUGCGCUCCCACACGGGCGAGAAGCCGUACGUGUGCGAUCACGAGGGAUGCAACAAAGCCUUCUCCAACGCCUCGGACAGAGCCAAGCACCAGAACCGCACACACUCCAACGAGAAACCGUACGUGUGUAAAAUCCCAGGAUGUACGAAACGCUACACGGACCCGAGUUCCCUCAGGAAGCACGUGAAGACAGUCCAUGGACCAGAGGCCCAUGUCACAAAGAAACAGCGCAGCGACCUUCCGCCCAGCAGACCCAUGCCACCCAAAGAGAAUGGUGAGAAUGACACAGGCCGUGGCACGGGGGAGAAGAUGGACAGCGCCUCCAGGGGCCUGGAGGACUACUUGCAAGUCAAGUCUAUUAAGACAGAGAACUCUGUGGUGUAUCAGUCCAGCCCUGGUGGUCAGUCAUCAUGCAGCAGCGAACCGUCGCCACUUGGCAGUGCCACCUACCAUGACAGUGGAGUAGAGAUGGCCCUUCACAGUGGCGGGGGCAGUGUGGGGGACCUGACCGGGCUCGACGAAUCCCCGGGGCCCUUCUUGGACCCCUCCACCUCGUGCCUCUCGUCUGGAGAGUCGGGGCUCGGGGUGGGCCUCCACCUGCGGCAGCGGCUGGCUCCCAGCUACAUCCACAGACUAGAGCACCUGAAGAAGGAGAAACUGAAGACGGUGAGGGACUCCUGCCAGUGGGCCGACCAUCAUCCUGCUCCUCCAGUCCAGAACACCAAGCUACCGCCCAUAUCAGCCAGCGGGUACCUUCUGGAGAGUUCAGGUACAGGUGAUGGGCCCGGAUCGCUGCCCGGCCUCAGUCCCGGUAAAACCACCUUCCUGAACCAGCUGGACCAUCUGAUGGAGCGCCGGGACAGCACCGCCAGCACCGCCUCCUCCGCCUACGUCAGCCGCCGCUCCAGCGGCAUCUCGCCCUGCUACUCCAGCCGCCGCUCCAGCGACGCCUCCACGUUCAGCGGCCACCGCAACAACAUCAGCUCCACGGGCUCCUACGACCCCAUCUCCACGGACCUGUCCCGGAGGUCCAGCGAGGCCAGUCAGUGUGGAGGUGGUGGAGGCCUGCCCGGUCUUCUCAGCCUCACCCCAGCCCAGCACUACCACCUCAAGGCUAAAUACGCGGCGGCCACGGGGGGCGCCCCUCCGACGCCUCUACCCUGCAUGGAGGUGAUGAGUCUGAAGACUUGCGUGGCCCGUUAUGGGAACUCUCCGACGGGGGGCUCACCGUCCGGCAACUACGCCUUGGACGGCGUCACCUCCGGUGGCGUUCCGAGGCGCUGCAGGGCUGGCAUGGGAGGGUAUGACGCCCACAGCAUGAUGCCCCACGAGGUGCCGUCCAGCAUCCCCCGUCGGGCCAGCGAUCCCGUCCCGCGCCGUCCGUCCCUGUGCCCGCCGUCCCAUCAGCCCCGGGUGCAGCGGUACAACAGCGUGGGCGACAUGCAGAGCCUCCAUCCCCAGGCCUUCCAGGCCAACCAGGCCCAGUCCGCGGCCGAACAGCGCCACCUGGCCCUGCAGGGCCGCCACCCGCGCUCCGACGGCAGCCUGCAGCGCUACCCGUACUGCCCCCGCCCGCCCAGCAUCUCCGAGAACAUUGCCAUGGAGACCCUGGCAGGCGACGUGGUCAGAGGUCGCAACAACGCCGGGGACGAGGUGAUGUCACUUCCCGAUGACGUCAUUCACUUUGUUGCGUUUCAGGACGGAUCAGGAGAGUGUAUCGCCGGGUACAACAGAAGUUUCCACGGAAAUGCAAUAAACCCUAACCAACAGCAGCAGGCGUUUUACAACCAGAAAAAGGCACCUGUGGUGGACUCCGAUAUGAAUAUGAACCUCUUGUCGCCACCACAGACACAAACUGUGCCCCUGUCCUGUGCCCUGAACCCCAGCCAGCAGAACCAGCCUUUCCUCUCCUCACCCAGACUUAGUAAGAGCUGCAUGCCAGUCCAGUGGAAUGAGGUCAGCUCUGGGACAGUGGAAGCCCCUCACGACCAAACCAAACGACAGCAAUUCUGUCGAGGGAAUGCAAACCUCGCUGUGGUCCAACAGAAACAGAACUUUGGCUCGUUCAAGAAUGAGAAUCUGAACUCCAACCGACACAUUUCACAGGUGGCCCACAACCUGUCUCACGCAGCCCGGCAAGGAAGACACAUACAGCACCAAAACACAGAGGCAAGGCUGAGUCAUGACCCGCAACACAGGCUACAUGCUAACGCUAACCUGAAUGAACCAGUGGGCCUUGAGUAUGGGUUUGAACAGAUUCUGGGGCCUAGUGUUGCUAACGGUAAUGCUAACCAGAGUUCCUCCUGCAAUAACGUGACGGAUGGUGGCGCUCUGGGUAUGUUGACAGGGCACACCGUAGAUGUGCAGAACCACCGGCUGAGGUCACAAUCAGGGGAAGGUCAGACGUUUUUGGACGGCAGUGUGAAUUCUACACAGACAAUCUCACGUCAACAGAGCUAUAAAAUGGCCACCCAGGUCCUGCAUCCUCUCCAAAAUGGAGGUCAACCGCUCCUUCAGCCAAGACCGCCCGCAGAAUCAAAGUCUCGAAGCAGACAGCAUUCAGGGUCAACGACAACGCUGCAACAAAACCUGACUGGCCACCGUACGGACAGCGGUUUCAUGUUCUACACUGGACAGAUACACGUCUUUGAGCCCAACGGAAACGUCAACGGGCAGACGCUGACAUCAUCGGUAGCGGACGUCCCUCAGUGUCCAUUGGACAGCGGAGAGACUGCCACGACCUCUCCGGGAAUAACCAAUCAGGUCUCCAGUACGGUGGACUUAUCCAAUAGGAAUGGAGCGGAGCAGCCCCAGAUUGACUUUGACACCAUGCUGGACGACGGGGACCACUCCAGCCUGAUGUCGGGCACCAUCAGCCCCAGUAUCCUCCAGAGUCUGUCCCAGACCUCCUCCAGGCUCACCACCCCACGGAACUCUGUCACUCUGCCCUCCCUGCCCAUCCCAGCAGGGGGCAGCAACAUGGCCAUUGGAGAUAUGAGCUCCUUGCUCACAGCGCUGGCCGAAGAGAGCAAGUUCCUCAACAUGAUGUCAUAACGCCGAGCGCAAACUCACCGCGGUACAGCUAGCACCGCGAUACUUUAGUCGGUGCAUUCGCCCUGGCACGUGUUUGUCGGGAGGACUGGCUGGCGUCGCCAAGCUCUGUUGUUAGGAGCGUGUCUACCAGCGAGAGUUUAAAUUGACUGUGUGUAUGGCAAGAAUGGAAUGCACUAGUUCUGGAAAGGUACCAGAAUCCACCUGAACACCCGAUUGGACUAAGCACCGUCAUCGAUGAACUUUGACCAUUCGAAUGCCCAUUUACCCGAAACAAAGGAACAUUUGAGUUGCAAAACACCUCCACGUUCAUGAUGAGUUAUCCUGUACAGUAUUAUUAGGGAUCUAAGAUGGCCAUUUCCUAUCCACGGAGAAGCCAUAUUUUGCCUUAGACGAGUAAGUGCAGAAAGUACAAUGUAAACCGUAGCACAAUUCUGUUAAUGUUGUACAUGAGAUAUAGUGUACAGUUCUGCAGUAAAGACGUUUACCAAGUGCCUGGCUAUGCCGAAGCAUAUGCGUAACAAGCAUAUGACACCGUUCAAGUACGAGUACAACCGGGUGACUCUGUAUGAUACAAAUGUGGGAGUUUUCUAUUGUUAUAAAGUUAUUUAAAGACAUCCCGAUGCGAAAUAUGUAAAUUGUGUAAAUUACUUGACCUGAAACGAUCGGAUUCUUUGGUCCAUAUUCCAUAAGAGUCAUUCAUCCAUACGGAAUUGUGUUUUUCUGUCAAUGAAUCUGCGAAAAAGAUUAUAAAUAAUAAUUCAAUGAUAGAUUGAGAAUAAAUCUCUUUUUUUCUAAUCCAUUUAGUCAUGUCAGGUCUGCUUUCAUACAGUAUCUUCAAUAUGUCAUUGUCUUAUUGGUCUGUUGAGUUGGACUUUAGAGAUUAAUCAUGGCGUCUCAAUUUCAAGACUCUGCUUAAGGAUUUUUUUUUUUAUUAAUUCAAAAGAACAUGCAAGUACUUGAUACAUAUACUGGGCUAGAUUAUAUUGUCAUUUCAUUUGGGUAACAAUUUAAGAAAAAUCUAAAAGGAAAAAUAAGACUCCUUUUCAGUGAAAAACUGGCAGAGGGUUUUUUCCUCCAGUGCAUCCCUCAGUAUUAAUAUAAUAGUGUGUUAGGAAUCAAAUACUUUUUUACUCUACUGUUUAACUCUAUUGUGCUGGGUAUAUAGAUAUCUUUUUGUAAAUUUUUAUGAAAUACAAUAUUGCUGUUGUUUUUUUACUAAA